AUGGACGAUCAGUGGAAGAAGCUUAGUGGUGCUGGGAACUGGGAUGGUCUCUUGGAACCUCUACACAAAGUUCUCCAAAAACGUUUAAAGCUCUAUUGUGAAAGUAUUCAAGUUAUUUAUGACUCCGUUAGUAAUCAUGAUAAAAGACAACCUGCCCAUAAAAAGGAAGAUUUAUUCUCUAAACCGAAAACAAAAGAAUUGGAAACGUUAUACACUGUGACUCACUAUAUAUAUGCAAGGUCAGAUGUUCCUUCCUUGGUUAAUUGGAUUGUUAAAGACAAAUCUGCUUGGAUUGGUUAUGUGGCUGUAGCCACAGAUGAAGGAAAGGAAGUGCUAGGAAGAAGAGACAUUUUGAUUUGUUGGAGAGGAACUAAUUCUAAGACCGAAGGGCUCAAAGAUUGUGAAUGCAGUUUGAUCUCAGCGUCAGACAUUUUUGGGAAAACCCAUAAUCCACAUGUGCACAAAGGAUUUCUCUCCCUCUACAAGUCGCCAAAUAUUGAACCACCCUCAUACAAUGAUUUGAGUGCCAGAGAUCAGGUGUUGCAUGCAGUUAAGACACUGAUGAAUAAGGUUGAUUACAGAGAUGAGGAAAUCAGUAUAACUGUAACAGGUCACAGUCUUGGCGCAGCGCUUGCCACAUUGAGCGCAACUGACAUAGUUGCCAAUAAGCAUAAUAGGCGCAAAGGAUCAGACAAAAAAUGCAUGGUCACGGCCUUCGUGUUUGCGACCCCCAAGGUUGGAGAUAAAGGAUUCAGGGACGUAUUCGAUCAACUCAGCGAACUUCAUCUGUUGCGUAUUAAAAAUAAAUUGGACGUUGUACCUAAACUUCCUCCCCUCCCUGCCUAUGAACACGUGGGAAUAAAGUUAAAGAUUGAGAGUUACAAGGAACUGUUACCGAAACUUAAGGAACUGUUAUCGAAACUUAAGGAAGGGCUUCAUUUUCAUAGUUUGAAGCAGCAUGUGGUUGGACUUGGACGAACCACGAGGUCCAUGUUUCACAGGGAAACACACAACUUGAGGAAGGCUGACAAGUGCUUGGUGCGCUUGUGCCAUGCAGUGCCUAGAGGCGAGUUUAGGCCCUGUGACAGUGGUAUCAGAGCCCGGGUUGAGAUGGACGCUUUAAGGGAAAGAGUGACUCGGUUAGAGGAGAUGCUGGGUGAGAUUCAAGAUGUGGAUUUGACUAACAAGAGACUGGAGGCCUUAGAGAAUGACAAUGUCUUGCUGAAGCAUGCCCUCCCUCGUAGUCUUGAUAGGAGAAGUACAACCAAGAUAAGUGUGCCCAAACCAAAGGCUUUUCAGGGUGCUAAAAACGCCAAGGAGUUGGAAAAUUUCUUGUUGGAUAUGAAGUAG